CUUGAGGCGGGAGGUCAUCUUACAGGAUCUGUUUUUCAGAGCACACUGAGAUCGGUGGACAUCCAGGCUCUUCCAGACAAGGGUCAGAAGUUGCUCCAGCAAAUUCAGGAGUUGGAGGAAGCCCUUGGUGCUCUUGCCCUCACCGCAGAGCCAGACACUAAUGAGAAGAGUAACGCUCCAGUACCACAACAGAGACACAGCACCAAAAGUACCACUGAGCCCCCUCACUUGGUGCCUCCCCGACCCCUGCAGGGCCAGGGUCUCCAGCCUCUGGGUUCUCAAGGACUGAAGGCUGCCUGCCCGGUAGCUGCUGGGGGAUCCAGUUGGUGCUAUGGAGGUCCUACGAAACAGGACGGCCCCCAUGCCAUGUGGGAAAUCAUAAGUAAAGCCAUUGAUGAGCUGCACGCGUCCCUUGAGUCUCGGCCCGGUGAGACAGCCGUGGCAGAGGAUCCAGCUGGGCUGAAGCUCCCUUUGCUACUGCACCAGAAGCAGGCGUUGGCCUGGUUGCUAUGGAGGGAAAGUCAGAAGCCACACGGAGGAAUUCUGGCGGAUGAUAUGGGAUUAGGGAAAACCCUGACAAUGAUUGCACUCAUCCUGACCCAGAAGAAUCAAGAGAAGAACAAACAAGAGGACAAAAACACAGCAUUGACUUGGCUUUCCAGAGAUGACUCCUGUGAGUUCACUUCCCAUGGAACGCUGAUCAUCUGUCCUGCCUCCCUGAUUCAUCACUGGAAAAACGAGGUGAUGAAAUGUGUGAGCCACAACACGCUAAGAGUCUAUCUCUAUCAUGGGCCCAAUCGGGAUCAGCGUGCAAAAGCCCUCUCUACCUAUGACGUCGUGAUCACUACCUAUAACCUUCUGGCCAAGGAGAUUCCCACACAGAAAGAAGAGGGGGUGGUCCCCGGUGCAAACCCCGGUGUGGGGAAGGAUAGUGCAAAAACGCCUUUGCUUCGAAUAGUCUGGGCUCGAAUCAUAUUGGAUGAAGCUCACUGUGUGAGGAACCCGCGAGUGCAGACUUCCAUGGCUGUGUGCAGGCUCCAAGCCCAGGCCCGUUGGGCUGUCACUGGAACCCCCAUUCAGAACACCUUGUUGGACAUGUAUUCACUGCUCAAAUUUCUCCGUUGUUCUCCAUUCGAUGAUUUCCGACUGUGGAAGAGCCAGGUUGACAAUGGUUCAAAGAAAGGAGGAGAACGGUUAAGUAUUUUAACCAAGAGCCUUUUGCUGAGGAGAACAAAAGACCAACUGGACUCCACAGGCCAGCCCUUGGUGAUGCUGCCCCAGCGUAAAUUUCAAGUGCACCAUUUAAAGCUUUCUGAAGAUGAAGAGAAUGUUUACAGUGUCCUUUUGGCAAGAUCAAGGUCAGCUCUGCGAUCCUAUCUAAAAGGGCGUGAAGGUGGGGGCAGCCAAUCUGGAAGAAGCCCUGAUAAUCCAUUCAGUAAAGUGGCCCAGGAGUUUGCUGGGCCCCGGAUGGUGGCAGACUCGCAGAGAUCCAGCACUCCCCACGUACUGUUGACCCAGUUGCUGAGACUUCGCCAGUGUUGCUGUCACCUGUCUCUCCUGAAAUCGGCCCUGGACCCGGCAGAACUGAAAAGCGAGGGCCUCGCCCUUUCUCUGGAAGAGCAGCUCAGUGUUAUGACGUUGUCUGAACUCUGUGACACGGAGCCGUCUCCCCUCAUUUCCCUUAAUGGCGAACAGUUCAAGGCAGAGCUUUUUGAGAACACAAGAGCGAGCAGCAAGAUUUCAUCUCUGUUGGUGGAAUUGGAGGCAAUCCGAGGAAAUUCAGCAUCCCAAAAGAGUGUCGUGGUCUCCCAGUGGACCAGCAUGCUGCAGGUUGUAGCGGGCCACCUCAGGAAGCAUGGCCUGACUUACGCCACCAUCGAUGGCUCUGUCAGCCCCAAACAGAGAAUGGACUUGGUGGAGGCCUUUAACAGCUCCAGGGGCCCCCAGGUUAUGCUAAUCUCUCUCUCGGCUGGAGGUGUGGGUCUAAACCUGACUGGAGGAAACCACCUUUUUCUUCUGGAUAUGCACUGGAAUCCAUCACUUGAAGACCAGGCCUGUGACCGAAUUUACCGAGUUGGGCAGCAGAAAGAUGUUGUCGUGCACAAAUUUAUUUGUGAGGGGACAGUGGAAGAGAAGAUCUUACACCUCCAAGAGAAGAAGAAAACUUUGGCCAAACAGGUCCUAUCAGGAUCUGGCAAAACCGUCAAGAAGCUGACUUUGGCUGACCUCAAAGUCCUUUUUGGCAUCUAACUUCCUGUUUCUAGGGCUCAGGGUGGUGCCACUGAGGGUGUGCAGUAGGGUCUGGAACAGUGACCUGCACGUGGCCCUCUGAGCCCUCCUCGGCUUCUCAUUUCACUGGCAAGCCCUAAGCCCUCCGCGGAAGGUGGCGCCAUCUUAUCCCCGGAAUUGGGCGCCAGUGAUCAUGUUAACCACUUGAUUCAUCGGUCAGGUCAAUCAGUCGACUUAUUGAAGGGUGACUUAGAAACCAAGGAAUGACUUCAGAAAAAAAGAACACGCCUUAGAGUUAGAUAAUUUUGGAAAACGACACCGGGGGAGCUUCAGUGAAAGCUCAGAAAGCCCUCCAUUGCCUUGUUCUUCUCAGCUCAUGGGGGACCAGUGUUCCUGCCCUUUCCAACGCCGGCUCUCCCUCUCUCCUGCCAGUGAGGCUGCUCCUUUUAACGUGUCUCCGGGCAGGGCAGAGAGAGGACCCCGAGGCCAAGCCUCUGCAGCUGUCUCCAGCCACACCGUUCUGCCGCACCGGCGUCAGAGCAAGGAGCUCCUUGGUCCCAGAACAGACGUCUGGUAUGGGUGCCCUCGUGCCAUCCGGUAUUGGGUAUCGUUUCACUUCGUGGGGUUCCGUCGCUUCCCGUUGCUAGAGCGUCAUGUGCUGCUUGUGAAAUAAAGUUUACUACCGGGCAUUUUUUCAGUAGAGGCAGACCUCCCUUCAUUGCGCCUUGCAGAUACUGCAUUUCUUGCGACAGCAUUUGCUCACUUCGUGGCCGUGUCCCAUUUUGGCAAUUUUCGCAGUGUUUGCAGCAUUGUUCUAUUUGAAUUGCUGCGAUCUUAUGGUAACAGUUGAACAGAUGAGGAGCUGAGGCAUGAGCUGAGACUGUGGAUUCUUGCGAUGGACGCUACCCCUGGUGAAGACACUGUGAAGAUCGUUGAAAUGACGACAGAGGAUUUAGAAUACCACAUAAACUUCGUUGAUACAGCAGCGGCAGGAUUUGAGAUGAUUGACUGUAAUUUUGAAAGAAGCUCCGUAGUGUGUAUUCCAUGCUACGGAGAAAUCAUUCAUGAAAGGAAGAGUCCAUCGAUGUGGCAAACUUCACUGUCAUCUUAGUGUAAGAAAUUACCGCAGCCAACACCCUGACCAGUCAGCAGCCAUCGACAUUGAAGCAAGACCCUCCACCGACUCGCUGAAAGCUCAGAUGGUGGUUAGCAAUUUUAGCAAUGAAAGAUUUUUUUUUCAAAAAAUGUGUUUAUUUGU